AUGAGGAAGAUAUUAUUAAUACUUCUCGCUGUGUUUUUGCUAUCCCAGACGAUCUUUUUUGUACUGAAAUGUUUUCUAACAGAUGUACCUUAUACAGUCGUGACCCGACUGAGUAUUAUUGUUUUCCAACAGUUUGUUAUGAUUUUCGGAUCAAUUUUUAUUUGGUGGAAUUUAUCUGCAGCUACUGAUGAUGUUUUAAGUGAUUUGCCGCUGCAACCAUCAUACAGAUGUUGGCGGACAAUCUGUGUUCAAAAGGUUGUAAAGGCUGCUAUAAUUCUUUUCUUAUUUCUUGUGCAUAUCUCUUCAACAUUUUAUUAUCUUUGGAUUGGUGAAGAACCAAAUAUAUUUGCAAUGAUUUCUUUAACGUCAGUCGCGGUCUAUAUCUACCUUAUAUUCUUUUUACUGACUUUUGUAUUGGUACAGUCGGUAUUCCGUCUUAUAUUCCAUAUGAAUUCAAAACACUUCCGAUUUCUAAGGUUGCUGGUCGCAAAUGAACUUUCAAAUCGCAUUUUCGCCGUUUUAUUGGCAGUUGUUUUCGUUCUAGCAGGCCUUUGGGUUACUUUAUUACCACCCGCGGUGCGUCGUAUUACAAUCAAAAUCGAUAACUUGCCAGAAGUGCAAAAAGGCUUUACCGUUGCUCUUUUAUCUGAUCUCCAUAUUGGACCAACUGUUGGAUGUUCAAAAAUUCAGAAGAUGGUGAAUACUAUAAAUCUUUUCAAGCCAGACGUGAUAGCUAUAUCUGGCGACCUUGCCGAUGGUCUUGUCCCAAAUUUAGAAAAAGCUGCUUACCCUCUAAUGAAUCUAACUUCAAAAUAUGGCAUAUAUUUUGCUACGGGCAACCAUGAAUAUCUUCAUGGAAAUGUUGAUGAAUGGUUCGUAUUUUUAAAGAAAAUCAAAAUCAUACCUCUUCAUAACAAAAAUAAGAAGAUUUUGGUUGGAAACUCUAGAAUUUGCAUUGCUGGAAGCGAUGAUUUGUUUGCAGAACAGUCGAGAUUUUCUGGGCAUGUAAUGGAUUACAAAAAAGCGUUACGAGGAUGCAACAAAAAUGACACAACUAUUAUGCUUAUUCACCAACCUAAUGCUGUUCGCAUAAUACUGAAUGAUGUUGAAACUGCUAAGAACAUUGAUCUUAUUCUGUCAGGUCAUACACAUGGUGGACAAAUGUAUGUAUUCGUACCACUGGUGUAUUUUUGGAAUGCUUAUUUUCGCGGUCUUUAUUAUAAUAAAGCUACAGGAACAUAUGUUUAUGUUUCAGCAGGUGUCAAUUAUUUUGGUCCACCAGUCAAAAUUUUUGAUGGGAAUGAAAUAAUUAUCAUCAAGUUAGUAUAG